GAGCAUUUACAUUUAAGGGUUUAUCGCAGAAAACAUGCUAGGGUUCUGAAGCCUUCUAGAUUCAUAUCGCAACUUUGUCUGUCACUGUUGUCGGCGAUUAUUAGUUACCGAUCUGAUCAAAAGCAGGUCGCCGGAAAAAAUGGCGUUAGCUUUCGAUGAAUUCGGAAGGCCGUUUAUAAUACUCAGGGAGCAAGAACAGAAAACUAGAUUAAGAGGCCUCGAUGCUCAGAAGGCGAACAUUUCCGCCGGAAAAGCUGUUGCACGUAUUUUGCGUACUUCACUUGGUCCUAAAGGCAUGGAUAAGAUGCUUCAGAGCCCCGACGGCGAUGUCACCAUCACAAAUGAUGGUGCCACCAUUUUGGAGCAGAUGGAUGUUGACAAUCAGAUUGCAAAGUUGAUGGUUGAGUUGUCCCGAAGUCAAGAUUAUGAAAUUGGCGAUGGAACCACUGGAGUUGUUGUCAUGGCUGGGGCACUUUUAGAACAAGCUGAGAAGUUGUUAGAACGUGGUAUUCAUCCUAUUCGGAUUGCAGAAGGGUAUGAAAUGGCUUCAAGGAUUGCAGUUGAACAUUUGGAGCGUGUAGCACAUAAAUACAAAUUCAGUCUGAAUGAUGUUGAGCCUUUGGUUCAAACUUGCAUGACUACUUUGUCAUCUAAGAUUGUGAAUAGAUGCAAACGUAGGAUGGCUGAAAUUGCUGUUAAAGCUGUUUUAGCAGUUGCUGAUUUAGAGAGGAAGGAUGUAAACCUGGACUUAAUCAAAGUUGAAGGAAAAGUUGGUGGGAAAUUAGAGGACACGGAGCUAAUUUAUGGUAUUAUAGUUGACAAAGAUAUGAGUCAUCCACAGAUGCCAAAGCAAAUUGAGGAUGCCAAAAUUGCAAUUUUGACAUGUGCUUUUGAGCCUCCUAAGCCAAAGACUAAGCAUAAGGUUGACAUUGAUACUGUGGAGAAGUUUCAAACCUUACGCUUGCAGGAGCAGAAGUACUUUGAUGACAUGGUUCAGAAGUGCAAGGAUGUUGGUGCCACCUUAGUUAUCUGCCAGUGGGGUUUUGAUGAUGAAGCUAAUCACUUAUUGAUGCAUAGAAAUAUGCCUGCUGUUAGAUGGGUAGGUGGUGUGGAAUUGGAGCUGAUAGCAAUUGCCACAGGUGGGAGAAUAGUUCCUAGGUUUCAAGAGUUGACACCUGAAAAACUUGGCAAGGCUGGUAUUGUUCGGGAGAAAUCCUUCGGUACAACAAAGGAUAGAAUGAUUUACAUUGAGCAUUGUGCAAAUUCCAGAGCAGUUACUAUAUUUAUCCGUGGUGGCAACAAGAUGAUGAUAGAGGAGACAAAACGUAGUAUCCAUGAUGCUCUAUGUGUUGCUAGAAAUCUUAUUCGCAACAAUUCAAUUGUAUAUGGUGGUGGUUCAGCAGAGAUUUCUUGCUCAAUUGCUGUUGAAGCGGCUGCAGAUAAACACCCAGGAGUUGAACAGUAUGCAAUCAGGGCAUUUGCAGAUGCUUUGGAUUCUGUCCCAAUGGCACUUGCUGAGAACAGUGGCCUCCAGCCCAUUGAAACUCUAUCUGCUGUUAAGUCUCAGCAAAUUAAGGAGAAUAAUCCCUGUUGUGGAAUUGAUUGUAAUGAUGUUGGCACAAAUGACAUGCGUGAGCAAAAUGUGUUUGAGACUCUAAUUGGGAAGCAACAACAGAUAAUGCUUGCAACUCAGGUUGUCAAGAUGAUCCUAAAGAUUGAUGAUGUGAUUUCUCCCUCCGAGUAUUGAUUUUAAGUACGGAAAUGCAAAAUUUUAUUUGCUUAAGAGAAGAUGAGCGUUUUCCUUCUGGCUAUGCAAACCAGAAGUUUUGUUCGGUGAAACAUUCACGAUCUUAUGCUUUUGCUUCUAUGUUGUCUAUUUGAGUAGAAUUUUGGUGGUUGAUGAAUUUCACUUGAUUGAUGAUCAGUUUCCGUCGCAGUA